UUUCCAGCCGCUGCCCGGCGCCUAAUCGUGAGAUUAAGUGACAUUAUAAUCCGCCAGAAGUUAACACAGUGGAUUUACGGGUUGUUCUCAACGGAAACACGCCGUUUUGUCUCGGCUUUUACCCACCUGGUGACAAGACAGCAACGUUAAAGUGUGCAAUGCCUCGGAUGCCUGUACAGUGUUGUUAGCUAGCGAGCUAACGAGCUAACUAGCUCAACCGGUCAGCUUGACGGCGGAGUAAUGGAAAGUCCUGCCGAAGCCUCCGGCGACAGUCAGACGGUUUCCCCGGCUGUUUCCGCAGGACCAAGCCCGGAGCUGAGGAAGCUGCUGGUUUUUAAAGUCUACAAGAGACGGUGGUUGGUGCUGCUGGUGCUGUGUUUGUUAAACUGCUCCAACGCUACGCUAUGGCUUACCUUUGCACCAGUAGCAGACCAGUCGGCCCAGUUCCUGAAGGUCACUCUGCAGGAGAUCAACUGGUUGUCACUGGUCUUCAUGGUGGUGGCCAUACCGCUCAGCUUUGGGACGACCUGGAUGCUGGACACGCUCGGCUUACGGAUCACGCUGGUCCUCGGUUCCUGGCUGAACAUGCUCGGAGCUCUGAUGCGCUACGCCGGCACGGCAUCAUUACCGGGUUAUACCAACUAUUUCCCGAUAGUGAUGUUGGGUCAGACCUUGGCUGCCGUGGCUCAGCCCCUCAUCAUCUUCACUCCCACCAAGGUGGCAGCUCUGUGGUUCCCUGACCAUCAGCGUGCCACAGCCAACAUGAUCGCCUCUAUGUCCAAUCCCCUCGGCGUCCUCCUUGCUAACAUCAUCUCUCCUAUGAUGGCGGAAACAUCUGCCCACAUCCCGAUACUGCUGCUUGCCUAUGCAGUCCCAACAUGCAUCAUCUGUUUCCUAGCAACAGUGGGGAUACGGAGCAGCGCCCCCCCCACGCCGCCAUCCGCUAGCGCCGAGUGCUCUGGAUCAGAGCCCUACGUUCAGGGGAUCAAACUGUUACUGAAGAACAAAGCCUACCUCAUCCUGCUGCUGUGUUUUGGCUCGGGCAUCGCUGUUUUCACCUGCUUCUCUACACUGCUGGAGCAGAUCCUGUGUGUGCAAGGAUACAGCAACGACUUUGCUGGCUUGUGCGGGGCUCUCUUCAUCGUGUUCGGGGUCAUCGGCGCUGGUGCUCUGGGUCUGUACGUCGACAAGACCAAGAAGUUCAUCGAAGCCACAAAGAUCAACAUGGGCUUCACUGCUCUGUCAUGCAUCGCCUUCUCAGUGGUGUCUCUGAUGCCGCAGCAGAAAGCCGCCGUGGCCGCCGUCUGCUCUCUCUUUGGCUUGUUUGGUUUCUCCAUUUACCCGGUGGCGAUGGAGCUGUCCGUGGAGUGUUCGUAUCCAGUUGGAGAAGCCACAUCCGCUGGGCUUAUCUUCAUAUCAGGACAGGUUCAGUCGGUUCUCUACAUCAUCCUCCUUCAGGCUUUAACCAAACCGCUCACUGACUCUCCUCUGUCCACCUGCGGUGACGCCGUCCUGAGCUGGAGAGUGCCCAUGAUGGUGAUGGCAGGACUCUGCAGUUUGUUCACCUGCUGCUUCCUCAUCUUCUUCCACACUCGCUACAGACGACUGGAGGCUGAAGAACAAGCGAUGUACGGGACUAAACAGAGCAACGAGUCAUCCGGCAGUGAGAGCGAUCCGCUGUUGGAGACGUGAAACCGUUAAAAACAAAGGGCAUUAUGGGUGAGAUCGCACCAGAGUAGUUUGUUUUGGGUUUAGUCACCACUUUGGUAACUUAUCGAUGAAACUGUUUCUAUGUUGUUGUUCUUCAAAGCAAGACAUUCCUGUACACUUUGAUUCUUUUGUACAUUUGGGCCAAACAUUUGGGGUAUGCUGUUGCUUCUAACAAGUAAACGUAAUAAUCUG